AUAGUCAUUCUCUCACAGGAUUCAUACUACAGACGGCAUUGUUGAUAAUGAAUGGAAAAGAUGGAUUUAGUCUAUAUUUUAUUUAUUUUAGUUUGUCUGCAUAUCGACAGUGUACAGAGUCCUAUUGGGACCUCAGAGAUAAAUUGUGCAACUGGAACUAAUACCGAAGUAGGGAGUAUUCAGGAGGGAUAUGAAGGAGAUGUUGAGAUUAUCACUAAUAUCGGACCUGUUGAUCAUCUGGUGCUGGAGUCAUAUCUCUUUCCCAUUGGUGUGUCAUUUCUGGAGCUGGUUUACUCUGAUGGAGGCUCAACCGCUACUGUACGAACCAUCAGACCACUGGAUGCUGAUGUACUACAGGAGUCAGGAGGGAUUUUGUAUUAUUCACUCACUUGCCCAAACCCGUCGCUGAAAAACAUCAGGAGAGUACAAGUUCAGGAUGUCAAUGACAAUCCUCCGAUCUUCCAGAGUAAAUCAUACAGCGCCACAGUGUCAGAGGCAUUGGCUGUGGGUUCAGAUGUGCUCAGAGUGACGGCUAAAGAUGCAGAUGUUUCUACAGAAAACAACAGAAUUACAUAUUCUAUACUGCCUCCAGCACCAGAUGAAUUUGAAGUGAGAAGUGACGGCAACAUCCGGCUGAAACAACGUCUGAACUUCAACAAUGAUCAAGAGUACACCUUCAUCGUCGAAGCUAAAGAUGUAGGAGGACUCAAUGACACCACAACAGUUACAAUUACGGUUGAAGAUUUUGACAAUCUGAACCCUUAUUUUGAUCACAGUCUCUACAAGGCCUCCAUUGAGGAAAAUCAGGUAGGACAGUUUUCAGACGUCACUCCUGAGGCCAUAAAAGCUCAAGAUGGCGACAUGGGCAUCAACGAGACUGUAGUUUACAGCAUAACAGCAGUCUUUCCAAAUGAAUAUCAGAGCAACUUUGUAAUCGAUGCAAACAGUGGAGUAAUCUCUGUGACAACGGCACUAGACCGAGAGGAAAUAGACCAGAUAACUGUUUACAUACAGGCAACUCAGCAGGAUGAUGCCAGUAAGACGGCUAACGCUGUUGUGUCCGUCACCAUUGAGGAUGUGAAUGACAACCCUCCGAAAUUUGACCAGGAUGAGUACACCGUAUCUAUUCUGGAAAAUUCAUUACAAGAUCAGUUGGUUCUUCAGACUAGAGUCACUGAUCUAGACCUGGGAGGAUUCUCUAAAGGUCAAUUCAUCAUGGAUAGCGAUACCUUCAUUAUCAACAGUCAAGGAUUAAUAUCACUCCGGAGCAAUGCCACCUUGGAUAGAGAAACUGUAGACAAUUACAAUAUACAGGUAAUAGCUGUAGACCAGCCUGUCGAUGGUUUAAGCUCCACAGCUCAGGUCAACAUCACUGUUCUGGAUGUCAACGACAACAACCCACAAUUCCUUCCUUUCCCAGAGACCACUGAGAUUCAGGAAGGUGUGUACACACCCUCAUCACCUGGAGAGGUGUGUGAAAUCUUUGCCACGGAUGCUGAUAUUGGAGACAACGGACGUGUCACCAUCACUACUUCCUCACACAGUGAAAUAUUCAGAUUCAGAGAGGAUGGGACUCUACUAGCUAUCAAUGAGCUGGAUCGAGAGAUACAGGAUAUGUAUGAUGUGGUCAUUGUUGCUAUGGAUCAUGGGAUGCUACAGGGAAACAACAUCACCACAGUGAGGGUCAAUAUCACAGAUGUCAAUGACAACGCUCCAGUUUUCAGCCCCGACACCUACAGCAAAAGCAUUCUGGUUAAAGACGCCAAGGUUGGAGAUGUGCUGCUGACGCUCUCAGCCACAGAUAAAGAUGCUGGAAGCAACGCACUGAUUAGCUACAGGUUCUCUGAAGUCUCCUCAAUGGUUGCACUGGAUGCUGAAACAGGAAACAUCACUUUGACCUCUGACCUUAGCGAGGUCACAGAAGACACACUGCUAAACCUUACUGCUAUAGCGACAGAUCAUGGAACACCACCAGAAUCUGAUGAAGCGGAAGUGUUGAUCUACUUCAGAAUUGCUCCUAACACUGAGAGUGUGGCUUUUGAAAGCUCCUCCUACAAAUUCAGAAUAAAGGAGAAUGAACCUGAGGCCUCAAUAGUGGGCAAAGUCAAGGCAUUUACAGGUAAUCCACUGGUUACGGUCAGCUAUAACAUAAAGUCGCAUGAGGAUGUUUUCUCUGUGGAUGGUGAGGGAACCAUAAAAGCUCUCAGACCACUGGACAAGGAGGAAGUGGAGUGGUACAUCCUCACAGUAGAGGCCAUAGACUCCAGCACUCUUCCAAAUACUGCAGAGACAACGGUCAGCAUUCAGGUUGAGAACGUGAAUGAGGCUCCUGUGUUUGAACUUAAAACAUAUAAAGCAGAAAUUUUCAAUAUCUCUCCAUACAAAUCUCCUAUAGUGAAGGUCCAGGCAUGGGACCCUGAUGUGGGCGAGAGCUCAGAACUGCAGUAUUCCCUGCUGAACUCCACAACUCUGCUGGAUGUGGAGACAAACACUGGUCAGAUCUACGUACUGGAUGCAUCCAGUUUUGGAGGCAAUCUGUUCACCUUUCAUGCUAAAGCCACUGAUAAACAUGGACUGUCCACGACUACAACAGUACAGAUCGAAGUGAAAGAAAGUGCACAACGUGAAAGCAUAAUCUCCCUAAACCAGCCCGUAUACAUAGUGGAGAAGAAGAUACCAGAGAUGGAAGUUUCCAUGGAGAAAGUUUUAGGCUGGGCUGUGAAAAUCCUCAGUGUGAGAGCUGAGGAUGGGAAUGAGAUGCGCUCCAUUCUCAAAGAAUCUACAGACAAAACCUACGUCAGUUUCAUUGCCAUGGACUCCAGUGGAGCUGUCAUCAAAGCCACAGAGGUCAAAGAGAAACUGAACACUGAGCACAAAGCUUUAACAUUUGAACUGGAGAAGGUUUUUGGCCCUGGUUUGGAAAUCAAAGUAGAGGACAGUCCUGAAGAUCCCAGUCAAGCAUUCAUAAUCGCUCUCAUAGCUGUCAUUGUUGUGCUGGCUGUAAUCAGUGUGACUUCAGUGUCGACAAAUAUCUAUCUUAAGAAAAAGACAAAAAGGAGACACAGUAUUGACAACCUUGCUAACUUUAACAACAACCCAGAAUCCAUAGAGGAUGAGAUUAGUGAUGCAUUAUGACAAUGACAUUAUUAUCUGAGAAUGAAACAACAUCUCUGCCCUCUGAAAACACCCUGAUGGCUCCUCACUUCUUCUCAGUAGUGCACAGGACUUCAUGAACUUAUGUCUUGAUUGAGACACAUUUACAGCCCUGAUCCUAAACUUGAGAUGCCUUUGUAGGCAGCAAUUUAAGGGUUGAGUUCCCAACAUGGAGGAAACAGCACAAAUAUCAGGGCUUCUAAAGACAGAAACAGGCUCUGGGCUACAGCAUUACAGGAUUAACAUCUUUGAUCAUGUGACUCACAAUGACAUACUCAAGUCACAACAUACACAACACAGGGUGAAUUCCCUUCAAAGAGGAGAGCAUGACUGUACUCCAUUCAUUACGUAUUACUGUCUCGUAAGUGGCUGUAUAGAUCACCUGACAUGAAGCCAGACGUCACUGACACUUUAUUCUGAAUUGGAGUUUCUUUUUUAAAGCAGAAUUCAUACUCAAUAAUACAGCUGUUAAGCUGUAGCAGUCCUGUAGUGCAAACAGGAGAGCAAGUGCUUGCAACGCCACAGUCAGUGGAUUGAUUCCCAAGAAAUACAAGAGCUGCUAAAUGUGUAAAUGUAAAUAAAUGUUUGUUUGUUUUUUUCCAAAUAGCCUCUGUGUCUUUAAUUCACAUUUGGCAUUUGGUAAACAAACGUUGAAAUGUGUUAUGGUAGGGAUAUAAAUUAGUUAAAUGUCCAGGUAUCUUGUCAAAUAAAUUCUAAAAUUACUUCCUUGAACUGACCAUCGCAUUUACCUUCAAUAACGGUCUCAUAAAAGGGCCCUUAAUGAAGGAAUUUGGUUUGUUAAUGUUGAUUAGGCUUGGGUAGGAGAUACACAUAUCUCUAUGUAGAACUAAAAGUUUUCUUUCUCUCUUUUCUUUUUUUCCUUUUUUUAUGUAUACAGUACAAAGACAUUUUUAUAGACCAUAACUCCUGGGAAUAUUUUUAUAUGAGAUUUAAAAUCAAUAAGUUUUUUUUCAUAUUCUAUUUUUGUUAAACAUACUUGUAUUUUAAAUAUUU